GGUAUAAAAAACAGGGCAUGGGCUACUGGGAUAAUCAUAGUAGAAUUGACCACCACCAAGAUGAAGCAGAUGUGUGGGGCUUUCCUUGCUGCUGUUUUGCUUGUUUUCCAAAUUUCACUACAGAUGGUCUGGGCACUGGAUGGUCCAAAUAUGGCUAUCAUCAGAAGCAUCUCCAAAACUACAAGUAGCACAGUAGCUGGCAGCACGGUCCCUACCAGCGCCGCGACAGCUGUUGGCAGCACGGUCCCUACCAGCGCCGCGACAGCUGUUGGCAGCACGGUCCUUACCAGCGCCGCGUCAGCUGUUGGCAGCACGGUCCUUACCAGCGCCGCGUCAGCUGUUGGCAGCACGGUCCCUACCAGCGCCGCGACAGCUGUUGGCAGCACGGUCCCUACCAGCGCCGCGACAGCUGUUGGCAGCAUGGUCCCUACCAGCGCCGCGACAGCUGUUGGCAGCACGGUCCCUACCAGCGCCGCGACAGCUGUUGGCAGCACGGUCCCUACCAGCGCCGCGACAGCUGUUGGCAGCACGGUCCCUACCAGCGCCGCGACAGCUGUUGGCAGCACGGUCCCUAUGAAAAAUUCUACCUUCAAGUCGACAUGUGGGAGAAUCGUAGCCUAUCCAGUUCUCCUGCUUGCUCUGAUCUUGGUGGCACCUGUCGUGUACGACUGGUCCCUGUAAAAGUGUUGGACCAGACUGGACUUCUGCUGUCCGUUUAGGUUAAGCCUUGUCGUAAAGGACCCCUCCCAUGAGCACAUUUGGGUUUCCACUUACUAUUUUGGGUGGAAGAUAUUUUGAGUUGUCUCAAGCACUAAACGACUUUUUCUAUGUCCUGGCCCAACGUGUAUCAUAAAGUUCCUGUCUUUGUGCAUUUUCAAAAAAAAGUCUAAAAGAAUGUCUCCCAUGUUUGUGAAACUGCCUCUGGAAGUUAACCUCUGUUCACUGUGAUGUCUUAGAAAUUUAAGUUUUGAAAGGCUUUGUAUGACAACCUUUUUAACUUUGUAGGAGUUUUUAGACUGACUGAAUAAAGCUGUACAUGAAACAACUGA